AUGAGUGCUGCUCGUGCCAUGUUCGGUGCCGUCCAGCGACGUGCCUUUUCUGCUUCGGCCAGAGAUCUCUCCAAGGUCACGGUCCUCGGCGCCGCCGGCGGCAUCGGCCAGCCCCUGUCGCUGCUGCUCAAGCUCAACCCGCGCGUCACCGAGCUCGCCCUCUACGACAUCCGCGGCGGCCCCGGCGUUGCGGCCGACAUCUCGCACGUCAACACCAAGUCGACGGUCAAGGGCUACGACCCCACCCCUACCGGCCUCGCCCAGGCCCUCAAGGGCGCCGACGUCGUGCUCAUCCCCGCCGGCGUCCCCCGCAAGCCCGGCAUGACCCGUGACGACCUGUUCAACACCAACGCCUCCAUCGUCCGCGACCUGGCCAAGGCCUGCGCCGAGUCCGCCCCCGACGCCAACCUGCUCAUCAUCGCCAACCCCGUCAACUCGACCGUCCCCAUCUGCGCCGAAGUCUACAAGGCCCGCGGCGUCUACAACCCCAAGCGCCUCUUUGGCGUCACCACCCUGGACGUCGUCCGCGCCUCGCGCUUCGUCAGCGAGAUCAAGGGCACCGACCCCAAGGACGAGAAGAUCACCGUCGUCGGCGGCCACUCGGGCGUCACCAUCGUGCCCCUCUUCAGCCAGAGCAGCCACCCCGACCUGAGUGCCAACGCCGACCUCGUCAACCGCGUCCAGUUCGGCGGCGACGAGGUCGUCAAGGCCAAGGACGGCGCCGGCUCCGCCACCCUGUCCAUGGCCAUGGCCGGCGCCCGCAUGGCCGAGAGCGUCCUCCGUGCCGCCCAGGGCGAGAAGGGCGUCGUCGAGCCCGCCUUUGUCGACAGCCCCCUGUACAAGGACCAGGGCAUCGACUUCUUCGCCUCCAAGAUCGAGCUCGGCCCCAACGGCGUCGAGAAGAUCCACCCCAUCGGCGAGGUCGACGCCAACGAGCAGAAGCUGGUCGAGGCCUGCCUGGCCGACCUGAAGAAGAACAUUGAGAAGGGUGUCUCCUUCGUCGCCUCCAACCCCGGCAAAUAA